CCCAAAGGCUAAGCCUUACUUGGGCCGUCAGAUCUGGUGGGGCUGCCGCUUUGGAAAGGGCCCCGAGAAUCAGAAGAAAGCUCAGCCAGCGUGGGGCGAAGGAGUCCAGCUGACCCUAGGCGGUAUUUUAUAGGUUAACUCUUCACUGAUUACAUACAAGAGCAGUAUAGUUAUGGCGACCUUCCAGACUUUCAGAAACAGUCACAUGAAGACUAGAGCAUCUGUCAGAAAAAGCUUCAGUGAAGAUGUAUUCCAGUCUGUGAAGUCCUUGCUACAGAGUGAGAAGGAACUGUGCAGUGUGUCAGCAGAGGACUGUUUGAAGCAGGACGAACGUGCCAGUUUGACUGAGGUCACAUUUCUAGGUUUUAAUGAAGAAACCGAUGCCGCUCGCAUACAGGAUUUAGCUGCAGUUUCUUUGGAACUUCCAGGUCUUCUGAAUUCCCUGCACUUCUGCAGUCUAAAUGAAAAUGAAAUUAUUUGUAUGAAGGAUAUAAAUAAAUCAUCAGAUAUAAACAGUGGUUCUCUAAAUGAGAGUCAUUAUUCUGGAAUGCUUUGUGUCAUGAGAGUGUCCCCUACAUUACCAAGACUCAGAGUUGAUUUUAUCUUUAGUCUCCUGAGUAAAUAUGCUACUGGGAUACGAUACACCCUGGAUACAUCCCUGCAUCAGAAGCGCCAACUAGAGGCCACCGUUGAAGAUGAUGACGAUACUAACCAGUCCGUGUCAUCCAUAGAGGAUGACUUUGUCACAGCCUUCGAGCAUUUAGAGGAAGAAGAGACUUCGAAGCCAUACAAUGAUGGAGUGAACAUUUCUGCACUAAAGAGCCAGUGUGAUGCUGCUUCACAGACGACUUCUGGUCACCAUUUAGAAACCCAUGAUUUAAGGAUUCUGGUUAGCUCUGGGCGGCAGAAGUCGUUGGCUAAACCUUCAACUUCCUUGAGAAAUAUUCUGGGACGUAAAGAACAACCUGUGAAAACGUCAGUCACAACAUUAGUUUCUGAGCCUUGGGUCCAAAGGAGUUUCUAUAGGUCAUCUAAUGUUUCAGAUAAAGGUGGUGAUACACAGAAAAUGGUUUUUUCUUCUUCUCCUGCCUACUCCUCUGAAUCAGAAUGCUCAAGUCCCAGUCCUGUUAUAUUCUUAGAUGAAGAAGGGUAUCAGAAGAGUUUAAAAGCAAAACUUGAAUUACCUAAAAUUCCUGUGAUGAAAGAUGACAUAGAGGAUUCAGACUCAGAAGUGAGUGAAUUUUUUGAUAGUUUUGAUCAGUUUGAUGAACUAGAACAAACUUUAGAGACUUCUUGUCCAUUUCUAGAAGAUCCUGUCAUAGGGAAGCCAUUGCAAAAGAAAGGGCACAAACAUGAAAAACUUGGUUCUGUAACCACUACAAUGAACCCUCAGAAAUUCAAGUUUGAUCGUCCAGCUCUCCCAGCUAACGUUAGAAAGCCGACCCCUCGGAAACCGGAAUGCCCUUUCAGUAAUCUAUAUGAUGCCCCAGGGUCCCCUCGCCCAGUGAAGACAUCCGGGGAGGACAGUGGCUUGUUUAGCCCCAUUCGCUCUUCUGCUUUUAGUCCUCUUGGAGGCUGUUCACCUGCUGAAUGUUGUUGCCAAACGCAUCUUGGUGGAGAUAGGAUUCAUGAAAAUCAUGAUUCUAUUUAUGAUACCUACGAAGAUUAUGCGAAUAGCAUGACAUGUGAAGUUCUGGGCUCGGUUCUUCAUACCCAACAUACUAAUGCAACAUCAGAUGCUAAUAGUAUUAAAAAGGGAGAAAGGAAAACCAUGGCUCUGAAGAGGGGAAGCCUUGAUCAGAAAAGUAAAUCUAAAAAUAAGUCCUUAAUGAUUAAAGAUAGCAUUCAGCAAUUUGCAGUGGACCUUGUGGAAAGAAGUUUCGGUGGUGCAUUUAAAGACUUGCAGAAAGGAGUCUCUUCGUGUACCAACGCACUGUGCCACUUAGCCGUGAAACUGACAUCCUCUGUGUUUCAGAUGGCAUUCAGUGAACUGAGAAGGCAGCGUGCGUUUUCACUGAAAGAGCGUGCCAUUAGUGGGCUGGCAAGUUUUUUGGUGAGUGAAGCUUUAUCAAAUGCCUUCAGAGACUUACACUACGUAAGGAAGCAGAUGUUUACAAACACAGUUGCUGGGUUUGCCGCAGACCUUGCUGAACAGCUCGUUUUCGAAGGCAUCAUGGAGGUGUGUCAGUUUUCAUAUCCUCCAACACCCACAUCUCCACAGGGCCAGUCAUUUGCCUAUGAAGACAGAGUCGUGAAGUCAUAUGCAAAAGAUUUGUCUGAAUCCGUAAUACAGGAAGCAUUCAUUGAGCUCUCACAGGCUGAUGUGACCUUUACACCUUCAGCAGCAGUUAGUGUUUCUACAGAUAACAUAAAGCAUAUGAGUGCAGACAAUGCAGUGCCAUCCACACAGACCUCCACAUGUCCCCCUGCUGCUAAUAAUGAAGCAGUUACGCUGACAAAACCAAUACAGGAAUAUCAAAAAGAAUACACAGUACAGCAGGCCUUGUUUUGUACUUCCGGAAUCGUUACUUCUAUUCCAGUGCCCUUGGCAGGCAGUGCUCUUCUCCCGUGUCACUUUUCAUCUAACACACAUCAGGCAAAGUCCCAUCUGUCAUCUGGUGAGAGUAAUUCGAAUGGCGGUGAUUCUAUUGAAGCAUGUGUUUUCACAAAAAACAAAGAAGAGAAAACAGCUUGUCUCCGGAAUAUUUGUUUAUCUUCAGAACACAAUCCAGGUAACUACAGUGAUUGUAAAGCAACUAAUGAUGAUACUGAAAUGCAGAGCUCUUCAAAAUUAACAAGUGAUCCUGUGAUUAUCAGCAACUUUUCUGCAGCAAUGGUGCAUACAAUAGUAAAUGAGACUUUAGAGUCCGUGACAUCGUGCAAAGUGACAAAAACUGUUGAUGAACACACAGAUUGUUUAACUAAAACAGCCAAGGGAAAACCUUUCCACUGUGAUCAAGUGACACUGCAGCAGGGUGAAGCUAGCAAAGAGGAUAUGUUUGCUGAUCGAUUAUCGAAAUCUGUUAUUGAACAUUCCAUAGAUAAAAGCAAAUCAGUGAUCCAAAAUGCAGAGAAAAAUGUGGUACCCAAGGAAGGCUUGCCCGUUGAAGAAGAGUCGCAGUUGACCUUGGAAAAGUAUCCCAAAUCUCUUGAUUCUCAAGCUCACUUAACUCUCUGUUCACUUCCAGUACUAAAGGAUUGUGCUACAGAAUGCAGGGGUUUUACAGUCCAUGGAUUUUCUGUAGAGACACCACCACGUUGUUCAACUACGGCAGGUCAGAAACCUGACUCGAAGGAAGUUGCUAUGGACAAAUCAGUGAAAAAGUGUAAUUUGAAUAAUACUACAGCACCUGAGCACUUGUCAUUUGGGCAAGAAAGCCCUUUUCCCCAUUCACAUACUUUCUCAUCGACAGUGCAUACGUGUGUAGAUGGUUUGCAUGUGGAAGAUAAACAGAAAAUCAGGGAUGGAAAUGCAAUACCUGAUACUCCUCCAUCAACGCCUCUAGUACCGUCCCAGGCUAGUUCUGAAUGGGAUUUCAAGAAUUUAACCAAAAAGCUCAAGGGGGAGUUAGCAAAAGAAUUUGCACCUGCUACACCACCUUCUACACCUCACAACUCAUCUGUUGGUAGUUUGUCUGAAAAUGAACAAAAUGCUAUUGAAAAAGAGGAAUUCAUGUUGAAACUCAUGCGAUCUCUUUCAGAAGAAGUUGAAAGUGGUGAAGGUGAAGAGCAUCCAGCAGUGGCCGUGAAGUCAGAGCUCUCAGGGAAGAGAGUUCAGUUCGCAGACGCGUUAGCUACGCACGUCAUUUCUCUCGCAACUGAAAUGGCAGCUCUCCAUUUAGAUAACAAAACAAUCCAGGACCCCAAGUUUAAAAGCCCUUGCUUAAAUAUGCAGAGUCAAAGAAGUGCAUCCCCCCCUUUUGUAAAUCGCUCUGAUGAAAAUUUACAAACCUUAUGCAAUUUUGCAGGUGAUAUGGCAGCAGAAGUCAUUACGGAAGCUGAGAAAAUAGCAAAAACUAGGAGUUGUCUGUUGUUCGGGCAAAAGAAGAACAGUUGUUACGUUGACGGUGACCCAGAUUUUAGAUCAGAAGAGAAGCUGGAGAUAGAGGCUGUCGCACACCCAAGAGAAGUCGAUCCAUUUAUUGUUUCAUCACCGUUACGUUCUUCUAUGUCAGGUCUGACGUACAAGUAUCCCAGCUGUGAAAGUGUGACAGACGAGUAUGCAGGUCACAUUAUCCAAAUACUGAAACAGGAAGGUGGGGACAGGGACUUACUGGUGGAUCAGUAUGCCAAUCGACUUGCUUAUCGAUCUGUCAAAGCAGGGUUACGAGAAGCAGCUGUGUCGGCCAAAGUGAUGUGCAACUCAGACAUGCCCCUCGCGCACAGCUCACAGGUGAAAGCCAACAGCGAACUCUUCAUGCUCUUAAAUAAAGAACACCGCCCGGAAGCGGAGAAAAGAAGACAAGGUAAAAGGAAUGGAGGUUACCUUUGUAAAAAUCCAGCUUGGGAAUGGACAAGGGACGCAAAUAGAAGUGAGUGCUCUGAACUGUAUAGUUUUUCAGCCUCUCUUGCUCACAGCAUAACAAGGGAUGCUCAGAAAGAGCUGGUCGUGCCUACAGGUGGCUUGCCAAAAUCCUCAGCCUAUUCUUGCCUUUGUGAAACAUCCAGAUGUGAUGAAGAUGCCGCAUCGCACGUUGAGCCAGAAUUUCCUCAGUCUCUUCAGCCUUCCUCCCAGAGUCACAGAUUUUGCCACAGUACAGGCGGCUUAGGUGGAUGUGGUCACGGGGAGAAGGUCGCUCCUGCUAUAGAACAGUAUGCGAGAAGAGUAGUGGAUGACACGUUAGGGCUGAGUUUAGGACGCACGGUUUUCCAUGUGUCUGAGACCGCAAAAGCGGCAGAGAGGAUCACUUACACAGAAAAGUUGUCACCUCUUAUAAGUCAGGCUUGCAGAUACUGUGACCACAAAGAACUCCAUGACUGCCGUGGACAUUCACCUCAACCCUUGCCCCGACAGGAUUCACUUGCUCAUAGUAAGCCAGUUUCUAAUUCAAAAUUUGGCAGCAUCUAUCAGAAAUCUAGAAUUUUUCAUCUUGAUGUCCCUCAAAUUCAUGUCGAUCUUGAUAAGACGGUGCUUGCUGAGAUGAUAGUUGCCGAAGCUAUUGAAAACGCAGAGAGAGAGCUGAGCAAUGCCAGUCUGGCGGCCGACAGUGGCAUUGGACAAGAUGGUGUGAGCUUUGCUGAAAGCCUUACUACAGAAAUAAUGACAUCAGCGAUGAUGAAUGUUGGACAUGCUGUUAGCAGUCCAAAAGAAAUAGAAGACUUUCAGUCAACUGAGUCUUUGGGUAGCCUUCCGCUGAAUCUCAGUGUUGCGGAUGACAGCUCUGGGAGCUGGUCUAAUUUAAGCUUCGAAGAUGAACACCAAGAUGAAAGCAGCAGUUUUCAUCAUCUAAGUGAAAGUAAUGGUAACAGCAGUAGCUGGAGCAGUCUUGGUUUAGAAGGAGAUUUGUAUGAGGACAAUUUCUCCUUUCCAACAUCAGACAGUGAGGGGCCAGAUGACAAAGAUGAAGAAGAGCGUGAGGAUGAUGCAGAAGGUUUGGAGCCAGGUGGAAAUGCCCUGCUGGUCACGAACAUUGACAUGGAGCCUUGUGCUGUAGACCCCCAGCUAAGGAUGGUUCUUCAGUGGCUCGUUGCCUCAGAGGCUGACGUUGCAGAACUUUGUUUUCAUGACUCUGCGAAGAAGGAGUUUAUACGGCUUUCAAAACGAUUACAAGAAAAAGGAUGGAAAGUGGGAGGUCUCCUGCAGGCUGUGCUUAAAUACUAUGAAGUGAUGGAAAAGAAUUCCAGUGAGGAGAAAUGCAAGUCACUGUUUGAUUGGCUCUUGGAAAAUGCAUAGAACAAGCUCCAAACCAGUGUAUUUUAUUAUUUGUUUUAGGAAAGGAAGAAAGAGAUAUAGAUGCAUAGGAUAAAGUUGGAACAGCGAAUAUUAACAUUUUAAGUAAAUUGGGAGGAAAGUAAAUACAGCUUUUUAAGCUCAUUUUGUCAUCACUUGGUGUAUAUAGUUCACACUUUUGUAAUCUCUGUCAAAUAUUAUCUCCAUGUAUUCUUCUAUACACAUGUGUAGUGUGUGAAGACCCUAAGAACAUAUAUGUGAAGGAAGGUCUAACCAUGAGGUUUUCAGGGAUAUUGACUGAUGGCGUUCUUUUGCAUCCAAACCGUGCUGCUAGAAACUACACUGAGGUUGCUGAGGAUAGUUCCAGGGAUGAAGAGUUAGAAGUUUGCUCCUUUGCAACAAACGGUAUCCUGUUAAUAACUAAUCUGACAUCAAAAAAUAGCAUUGAGGCUAAUUUCUUUUUCUCUGAUAGUUUUGGUCUCAUUUUUAAAAGUCAAUUUUAUUUUCAUAGCUCAGCUGUUGGUAGCUUUUUGAAUCCCCCAAACUAUUUAAUGUUGUAGAAACAUUAGUAUUUUUAGGUAUCUAUUAAUAUCAUAAAUGAUAGUUUCCCCAGCCUUCCAUCAAAUUGACAAUAUUUGCUAAUGUUGCCAAUUGUUCUGCAUGAAUGUGCGCG